CGAUCUUUGUGAAAUUUGCACUUUAUUUAAAGCCAACUUAUUAGCUACAAAAAAAGAUAUCGACGAAUAUAAUAAAGUUCAAGUCGAGUUUAAUAAACAUAAGGAAGCUGAACAAAGCUUGGUCUUGGUAAAACGGCCACCUAUAUUGACUAUAGUAAGCCUGCUAUUAUAA